AUGAAGCAAUUAAAAGUAUCGGUUCCCGAAGCCGCUUCCAGUGGUGGAACUAUAACAUUUAAGAUUCUUGUUACCACGGCAACUCAUGAUUCGGUCCGCUGGCUACAUCAUAAACUGCAGAGUACUUUUGUCGACUGCGUAAUUCCACCUCUACCCGAACCACUGAGCGAAAGGCUGUCUGAAGAUGUGGAUCAGGUGGAGCAAAAGAGAGUUCAGAUCGAAAGAUUUCUACAGCGGGUUUGCCACCGGACAGAAUUUGCUACAAGCGAAGCCUUGCUGUGGUUUGUUGGAACAGAAAUGACCCAUUUAGACUCUGUAGACUCAAGGAGAACCACGCUAGGAUUUUUACGGCUCGAUAAUAUCAUCAAACCUAGCUAUGACCGUGGACUGAGAAUAUAUAGACCAGCGGAAAAUGUAGAAGAGAAUGACCAAGGCGAAUUUCAGAGAAGACAGGUAUACAUCCUUGCAAUGGAGCAGUCAUUUACGGGUCUUUUAGAUGCUGGGCUACGUCUCACCAAAGAAAGAGAGAAGCUUGGCGACACAUGUUCACAACUCGGUGAUGCUACCAUGGAAGUACUUAGUAGUAAACAUCGCCUUGGAGACGGUCAGCGAAUUGAUAAUCGAGAGCGGCAUCAAGUAUUGGAUGAAGAAAUGCAGAUUUUUGGCGUGCUUACAGAUGAGCUCCGCUUGAGCACACGACGCCAAGUGAAGGCCGAGACUUUCCAUUUUAUGGACCUAGUACAAGAAUAUAAAAGCAUGUUGCAAGGCUUGAAGGUAAAGGUUCUAUGUUACUUGGACUUUUUUUUGUUGACUACCAAGCUUCCUCUCAUGUAA